CGCAGCCAGCGACUGGGGGGAAAGAUCGCGGACGAGAAGGGGCCGCGUAGGAAGCUUCGAAUGAAGACGCGCGUCCUAAUACAUCAUCACACUUGAAAGCGAGCCUGGCUGUCUGUUAACCAUGAUGGCAGAAUCGCUGCCCUUCUCUAUGGACACCCCAGUGCCCAGCUGGGAGCUGGAGGCCUGGUACAAGGACUUGCAGGAAGUGCUAUCCUUGGAUGUCACCAACAGGACAGCCCCCCCUGUAGGGGGAGACGAGCAGGAGUUUAACGAGGCUGACGGUUCCACCCUGCUGUGGAGCUUAGAGGCCUCAAGUCCCCUGGAGCCCGGCAGUAGUGAGGCGGACGGAAGCUACGAGCUGGACCCCGACAUCACAGCCGAACUUCCUGAACUGCUAGGCGAGGAGCCGGCAGGAGCUGCCGAGUCGGACUGCAGCCACAGUUCCCCGGCCCAGACCGGCACAGACGACGACGAGGGGGUGCCUUCCGGCCGGAAGAGAAAGCGGAGCGGGCAGCCUCAGGGUGGCAAGAGGCAGCGAGGCAGAGAGCGGGAGCAGGAGAACGAGCGCAGGGUGGCGGAGCUGACGGCCCACAAUCAGCAUCUCCAGGAGGAAAUAGAGCGGCUGAGCGUGGAGGUGGAGGCCACCAGGGCGGCGCUCAUCCAGCGGAUGGUGAACCUAAAGAGCUAA